CCCAACACUGACUACCUACCUGCAGGUGAGUCCUUGCUCCCCAACACUGACUACCUACCUGUAGGUGAGUCCCUGCUCCCCAACACUGACUACCUACCUGCAGGUGAGUCCCUGCUCCCCAACACUGACUACCUACCUGCAGGUGAGUCCCUGCUCCCCAACACUGACUACCUACCUGCAGGAUUCUUGUGUUACAUGCUGAUCAACGAACAUGGAUCUUUUAGGAUCAACAGUGACAGCAACCUAUGCCAGACCCAGACCAACCCCUACUAAUUUUCUACCAGCUAUUUCCACCAUGGCCUCAAGUUACAAGAACCGUUACCCAAACUAUUCCCUUAGCCAUAGCAUGAGUCUACCUUGGCGCCCAAGCACAUAUUACAAAGUGGCGUCUGUCACCCCCACCCUUGCGUCACUCUCCAAGAGCGCUCCAGGGUUAAGCCCAGCCCAGAUCCAUCCAUUCCCAGGAAACAGAACAGCACUUUUUACCAGAUAUUCCCCGGACGACUGGUACAAAUCCAAUCAACAGAACUACAGGGAAUCAGAGUCUUCCAGGCGCAGUGCGGAGAGGUUACGCCUUGACACCAGCCGACUUAUUCAAGAGAAGGAACAGAAAACGCGAAAAUUUCAGAGUGACACCAGUAAGGACUUGGGAGUACGGGUCAAUGAUAUUACGUUUUGGAAAUCAGAAAUCAUUCAUGAAAUCGAUCAAAUGAUUGGUGAAACAAACGCGUUGUCUGAAGUCAAGAGACGAUUGGAGAGAGCUCUGGCAGAGACGGAAGGUCCUCUUCAGGUUGCUCAGGAAUGUCUGUAUCACCGCGAGAAGCGAAUGUCAAUAGACCUUGUACACGAUGACGUGGAGAAACAACUCCUACAGGAGGUAGACUGCAUCAAAUCCUGUCAAGAGAGAAUGAAGAGGCACCUGGAAAAGACAGUGGCACAGCUUGCUUCUAACAGAGCGGCCCAGCACGAGCUGGAGAGAGAUAUCAGUGACAAACAUGCAGCCCACCGCAUCGACGAGAAGUGCCAGAAUCUGCGGAAUACCUCUGAAGGCAUAGGAUAUUACCGAGGCGUGGAACGCGUUGAUGCCACAAUUUCAAUUCCAGAGUCGUGGGCAAAGUUUAGUGAUGAUAACAUCUUGAGGUCACAGAGUGAACGCGCAGCCUCCGCUAAGCUCAGAGAAGAUGUGGAGAACCUUCUCAAUGUCACAUCCAAUGAGAUGUGGAGUCAGUUCAAUCAGGUCAACGUCAUGUUCACUAAUCGCAUUUCGGAGACGGCUGAUGCCAAGAACAAGCUGCAGAGUCACCUAGCAAAGACACUGCAAGAAAUCUUUCAAACAGAAAUGGCAAUAGAAUCCAUCAAAAAGGCCAUCAAGGAUAAAAUGGCUCCUAUGAAAGUAGCGCAGACUCGCUUGGAUGAGCGCACCAGACGCCCUAAUAUCGAGCUAUGCCGUGAUAUUGCACAGAUGCGGCUCUUCCACGAGGUCCAAGAGAUCGAUGACACCAUUCAGGCUUUGCAGCAACGUCUCCGGGAGGCUGAGGACACUCUGCAGAUGCUGGUCCACACUAAAGCGAACCUCGAACAUGACCUGUCUAUCAAGGCAAACUCUCUUUUUAUUGACCAGGAGAAAUGUAUGGGCAUGAGGAAGAGUUUCCCCAGCACACCUCGGCUGGUGGGCUACACAUAAACCGUCUUGGGUGGUUGACUGGUAAAAGAGUGCUAAUCUAAGACAAAUAAAUUCAUCACUCCCACCUGG